CUUGAUAGUUGACUGCUGUUAUAUUUAAGUUAAUUUAUUUUGCAAUAUUCCAAAAUAUAUUGAAGCUGAAAAUAAUAAUAUCUAAGUCUAGCAAAACUAUUAAAUUGAUAUCUAAUAAAUGUAAAAUAAUUAAAUAAAAUGGGCAAGAAUCGUUACAAUGCCAAAGCGCGUCAAGUAGUUAAAACAAAUAUCGAUAAUUCACAAACAAAUGAGAUUAAACUUGAGUUUGCUGCGGAUGAAUAUGGCUCAACGGAUACAAGUAAUUUAUUGGCUUUGCCUUCAACAAAAAGAAAAACAAAAGUCAUAACUGAUAAAAAGGAAAAAGUCCAAUUUUUGUCUAAAGCCCGAAGAAAGCAAUUAGAAAAAAUUGUUGAUAAGAAAAAAAAGAAGGAAAAUAGGGCAGCUCUACUAGAAUCCUUAUCACAAGUGCAAGCAACACCGGAUGAAGUAGCACAUUUGACGACAAUUUCAACUUUCCAAACACUUGGGUUACGUAAGCUGAAUGAAUAUAAUUCAGAAGCUGCACACAAAGCCACUGUACCCAGUGAACAAAAAAAAUUUAGCAGUAUAGCUGGUGCAAAAAGGAGAUUAAGGUUGCUAAGAAUGGAUAACAUGGAUGGCAAUAAGAAGAAAAAAUAUGAUCCUAAUGUUAUUGGUCUUGAAGAUUCAACUGAUGAAGAAUCUGCAUCUGAUUCAAGUGACAAUGAAUCACCUGAGGUCAAAGAUGAGAUAAAAAUUGAAUCUGCAGAUCCUUCAAAUACAGAAGUUAAGAAAGAACUUACGAAAGAUACAGAGGUUACUGAAAUCACUGAAGAACCAAUUCAAAAUACAGAUGAUAUCAUAAAACCAGAUAAUAAUGGAGGAAGUAGUUCUAAGCAUUCAGACAAAAUUAAUAGUAUAUCAAUGAACGAACCACUCAAGUCUAUAAAGCCUACCCUUGAUGUGCCGACAGUACACGUGGAUAUAAAAAGAGAUCCGAAAGUGCAAAUAGCGAGGCUAAAGUUACCAAUUCUGGGCGAAGAACAGAGAAUAAUGGAGUUGGUGAAUGAAAAUGAAAUUCUUAUAGUUUCUGGAGAGACUGGAAGUGGUAAAACCACUCAAAUACCACAAUUCCUCUAUGAGGCUGGCUAUGCGGAGAAUAAGAUGAUAGCUGUGACGGAACCGCGGAGAGUGGCGACGGUGGCGAUGUCCAAGAGAGUUGCACACGAGCUGGCCUUGACGAGCAAGGAGGUGUCUUAUUUAAUGCGUUUCGAGGGCAAUGUCACUAAGGACACAAAAAUAAAGUUUAUGACAGAUGGUGUUCUCCUCAAGGAAAUACAAUCCGACUUUCUUUUAAGCAAAUAUUCAGUUGUAAUCAUUGAUGAAGCUCACGAACGUAGCGUAUACACGGAUAUAUUACUUGGAUUAUUAUCAAGAAUCGUACCGCUUAGACUUAAAAGAGGGAUUACAUUAAGAUUAAUUAUAAUGUCGGCGACGCUCAGGGUUGAAGACUUCACAGAUAACACAAGAUUGUUUAAAACACCACCUCCAACUAUAAAGGUAGAAGCUAGACAAUUUCCAGUGACGAUACAUUUCAAUAAGAAUACAUACAGCGAUUAUUUAAAGGAAGCAUACAAGAAAGCUGUCAAAAUACACACAAGACUACCUGAAGGAGGAAUACUUAUAUUUGUUACGGGACAACAGGAGGUAAAUUACUUGGUACGUAAGUUGAAGGCGUCAUUUCCUUAUCGAAAAGACGUGGACUAUACGAAACUGAUAACAAAGAAGACAGUUAAUGAUGUGGACCCAGCGCUUGACUCGGAACCUGAGGAUAUUGAGUCUGAUGAUGACGAGGUCGAGAAGGAAAUGAAAAGAAUGCGAAAAGCACGUAAGAAGGCCAAGCAAAAAUCGAAACAGUUACCGAAAAUCAAUUUGGACGACUACGAUAUGCCCGAAGACGAUGGCCAAGCGGACUUGGUUAGCGAUGACGAUAGCGAUGGCCACCUGAGCGACUCAGAUGUCGAAGAGGACACCCUGGCUCCAGCGAUAAAGUCGUGUCGGCAACCGCUGUGGGCACUGCCGCUGUACUCCAUGCUGGGCUCGGAGCGCCAGGCGCGCGUGUUCGCGCCUCCGCCACCCGGGGCGCGCCUCUGCGUCGUCAGCACGGACGUGGCCGAGACCUCGCUCACCAUACCCGCCAUCAAGUACGUCGUCGACACCGGGAAGAAGAAGAUGCGCGUGUACUCGCACGCGACGGGCGCCAGCGCGUGGCGCGUGGUGUGGGCGUCCCGCGCCGGCGCCGAGCAGCGCGCGGGGCGCGCGGGGCGCACGGGCGCGGGACACGCCUACCGCCUGUACAGCGCCGCCGUGUUCCAGCACGACUGCCCGGCGCACUACGAGCCCGAGCUGUGCCGGCGGCCCGCGGACGACCUCGUGCUCAUGAUGAAGUGCAUGGGCAUCGACAAGGUGGUGAAUUUCCCGUAUCCGACUGCUCCUGAUAAAAUUCAAUUACGUCUGGCAGAAAAGCGACUUGAAGUUCUGGGAAUAUUGGAGAAGUAUGAAACGAAGAAAUUUAAGAAGAAAAACGCUGAAGAGAUACUUAAAGUGACGCCCCUCGGUAAAGCCGUGUCAGCAUUUCCACUGCUUCCAAGAUACGGGAAGAUGUUGGCUCUUAGCCACCAGUUCAACUUGUUACCGUACGCCAUCGCGCUUGUAUCGGCGCUCACCGUGCAGGAGGUUAUGACUGGCAAAGCAGAUAGCUGGCCGGCCACUGGCAAUACAUUGUUGCUCGGUGACCCGGGAGUGUUGCUCCGAGCGGUUGGAGCAGCUGAAUAUGCCCAUGUUAAAGGAGAAGAAGAACUGUUCUGUGCUAAAUAUGGCUUAAGGGAAAAGGCUAUUAAAGAAAUACGCAAGCUCCGUAAGCAGUUGACGUCAGAAAUAAAUCUAAGCGUGUCAGGAGCGAACGUGACCAUCGACCCGGAGAUGAAGCCGCCGGACGACAAACAAGCAAAACUGCUGAGGCAGCUGUUAUUGAGCGGGCUGGGAGACCAAGUUGGAAGGAAGAUAGGUCUCGACGAAGUGAAAGAUGGAGAAGAUAAACGAAAAUUCAAAUACGCCUACCACUGCAGUAAUUUGGAGGAACCGGUGUUCCUACAUUCCGAGUCAAUACUUCGGAAGAGCAUACCCGAGUGGGUCGUAUACCAGGAGUUGUACGAAACGGGAGGUACGGACAGAAGGAAAAUGGUCAUGAGGAACGUGACCGCCAUCGAACCCGAAUGGCUACCGAUAUACGUUCCGCAAAUGUGUAAUUUAGGGGAACCCCUGUCGACGCCCGAGCCGAGGUACGACGAAGCAUCAGGCCGUGUCAAGUGUCACUUCAAAGGGACAUUCGGACUGAGUUGCUGGGAACUGCCCGUUGUUGAAAUCGAUUAUCCGGAUAAAAUAGAACGAUACAGGUGGUUUGCAAGAUACCUCAUAGAAGGGAAAGUAUUCCCAAAACUGAAGAAAUACGCUGGAUCUCUUUUAUCUCCGCCGUCAACGAUGGUCAAGAGCUGGGCGAAGCUGCAGUCCAGAACGGAAGUAAUACUGAAGGCUUUGAUUGCAAGAAGAGCCGGUACUAAAGACCAAUUGGGGUCAGCUUGGAAAGAACAGCCUAAUUAUUUACUGGAGGAAUACUUGAAAUGGUUACCAGAGUCUGCUCACAAUGAAGUCACAUUAUACUGGCCUCCGUUAUGAUUCAUUAAUUGUUGAUCGUUCUGUAAAUAUUGUAAAUAAUCUUAAUGAUAAUGUUUUGGUGUUAAUCUUGUAACAGGCAGACAUUUAAUAUGUGACAGGAGAAACUUGUUUUUUUUUUAAAUUAUAAUUUAAGGAUAAAGUCCAUUCCACCAAGUUGAACUCGGAGGGAACAAAAUACUGGCACCUGAUUGGUCGAUGCGCGUGGCUAGAGAUAAGCGAGACGAAGCCGGCAUGUAAAACGAUCCUAAGAAUUGAUUCGGUUAAUGAAGGUCACAAUUAACCAUUGAGAGCACAAGGGGUUUCUCCCCUGGGAGCCGUUUCAUGGGAUUGACUUAUUUUUAUAAUCUAAUUAAUUCUGCUAAUUGCUUGUGUUUCGCCUCGCUAAUCGACGAAUUGUUUUGUGAGAUAUCCGCAUGGCUUUAGGCUGACUAGACGUGACCGUUUGCGAUUGUGUAAGCACUAGUUCAUCUCACCUUUGACACGUGUCCUAAUAUCCAGUGCGAGCGUCAUGUCUAGCGAGGCUAAACACAAGGCGAAUGAUGAACGUUCCAUUUAAAUAUUU